AUUCAUUCUUUUUGACAGAUGGUUCUGAACCAUCUGAUUGUUUUGUUGCGUGAUUUGCCUGGAAACACCAGGCGGAAAAAUAAUCAUAUUUUCAUUAUAAAUCUAAACGUGAACAAUCCAAAUAACCCAACAUGCUAUCGCGAGCCGGAGCAUUCCUUUCCAGGCGAUCAGUAGGUGGUGGAAUUUGUUUAAUAAAGGAUUCUGUAGUUCCGACCUGUACCAUUCGAAGCUACCACAUCGUAAAUCAUAAUUCUUACAAUCUCUCAAACAAAAGUAUUCGAAACAAAUUCAUCAAUCCAGUUGCGUCAACAGUUCUGAUAAGAAAUAUCAGUACAAAUGAUUCCGAUAGCAGUUUGCUAAACACAAUUCCGGAACCGCCACCAAUCCCUGCAGCACCGGAAAUCACUGAGUUGGUCGCUGGUGCAGAGCCUACGUUUGCUUCGCUUGGGCUGGGUGGUUGGACCCCGGUCGGUAUAGUUCAGAACUGUAUGGAAUAUCUACACAUCGGUUUGGAUCUACCGUGGUGGGCCUGUAUUGCGAUAGGAACGCUUUGCGUGCGAACACUUCUGUUUCCGUUGGUGAUUGCUAGUCAACGAAAUGCGGCAAAAAUGAAUAAUCAUAUGCCACAGAUGCAACUGCUACAACUGAAAAUGACUGAGGCACGACAAGCAGGAAACGCAAUUGAUUCCGCCCGUUACGCUCAGGAGAUGGUGCAUUUCAUGAAGGAAAAAAACCUCAAUCCACUGAAAAAUAUGCUAGUCCCGUUAGCCCAGGCUCCAAUUUUCAUUUCCUUCUUCAUGGGAUUACGACAGAUGGCGAAUGUUCCGGUGGACUCUUUACGUGAGGGAGGACUUUUCUGGUUCACAGAUUUAACAGUUUGUGAUCAGUUUUACGCCCUACCGAUUAUUACUAGCAUCACCAUGUUCCUUACAAUUGAAGUGGGUACGGACAGCGCUCGAAUGUCGGCUGCCAAUAUGCAGACCGUAAAGUACGUUUUAAGAGCGAUGCCGUUGUUCAUUUUUCCUUUCACAAUCAAUUUCCCGGGUGCCAUUCUGUGCUACUGGGUGUGUAGUAACUUCUUAUCGUUGCUGCAAGUUGGUUUUAUACGAAUUCCAAAAGUAAGGGACUUCUUGAAAAUCGACCGACUCAUCGUACAUAAGCCCGAAACAUUACCGAUGAAAAAGAAAAAGUUUACCGAAGGCGUGAAGGAUUCGUGGACCAACAUGAAAAUUACUCGAGAAUUACAGGAACGUGCACGAGCGGAUGAGAUCGUCUUUCAGAAGGCAGGCAAAGGUCCUUUGGUAAAAACAUACAAAUACGAUCCAACCGUACCACGACCGGCUGUUCCAGGGAAUGCAAUCAAUGCUAAGAAACGGUAAUCGCUAUUAGGCGAUUUGUAUAAGAAAAAACCAUCUUAACAAUAAUAUAAUGAAGUAGUUUAUUGUUUAAAA